GUUUCAACUCCCACGCCGAAUCUCGCAUAAGAAAAAGAUGAAUCGACGACCAUCUUAGUUCUUCCCCUUCCGUCCGCCUCACGUAAGACUUGCCAUCGGCGGCAGUUCACCGGGAUCUGUAAAUUUAUCCCCGGAAGGUUCCACAACUUCUACCCACUCUCCCUUUUUAGCCUCGAGUAUGCUCUCGCCCGUGGGAGGACUGUAAUUGCAUUUAACUACAAGUUAAUUGCGCUGGAGAUUUGGGUGAAGUGCGAGGAGCUGAGAGAUGUACGUCGUUCCACCUCCAAAAGGGUCCGAUCCACCAUCUGGAUCCACCAAUGGCUCCGACGAUUUGCGAAUUUACCAGACAUGGAAAGGCAGCAAUAGAUUUUUUCUUCAGGGAAGGUUUAUAUUUGGACCAGAUGCCAGAUCAUUAGCGUUGACCGUUUUCCUUAUUGUAGCCCCUGUUGCAGUUUUCUGUGUCUUUGUUGCUAGAAAGCUAUCUGAUGAUUUUCCUAAUGACUGGGGAAUAUCAAUUAUGGUUGUGGCAGUGGUAUUUACAUUUUAUGUUUUGGUUCUUCUCCUGCUAACUUCAGGAAGAGAUCCGGGAAUAGUUCCACGUAACGCACACCCCCCAGAACCAAAAGACUUUGAUGGAAACGCCGCUGAAGUUGGUGGACAAACCCCACAGCUACGCCUACCUCGGAUUAAAGAGGUUGAGGUUAAUGGCAUUACUGUGAAGGUUAAAUAUUGUGACACCUGCAUGCUCUACAGACCACCUCGCUGCUCUCAUUGUUCGAUAUGCAACAAUUGCGUUGAAAGAUUUGACCACCAUUGCCCUUGGGUCGGGCAGUGUAUUGGGCUGAGGAACUACCGGUUCUUUUUCAUGUUUGUCUGCUCCACCACGCUUCUUUGUAUAUAUGUAUUUGGUUUCUGCUGGGUCUACAUUAAAAGGAUCAUGGGUGCUGAAGAGACGACAAUAUGGAAGGCAAUGAUCAAAACCCCAGCUUCUAUGGUUCUAAUAGCUUACACCUUUAUUGCAGUGUGGUUUGUUGGUGGUCUUACUGCGUUCCAUUUAUACCUCAUCAGUACAAAUCAGACAACAUAUGAGAACUUCAGAUACCGUUACGACAGGCGAGCGAACCCAUACAACAAAGGAGUGCUGCAGAACUUCAUGGAGAUAUUUUUUACUUCUGUCCCUCCAUCAAAAAAUGAUUUCAGGGCAAAGGUGCCUAGGGAUCCUGCAAUACCUGCCCGACACACCUCUGGGGGGGGUUUCGUGAGUCCAAAUAUGGGCAAGGCUGUGGAUGACAUAGAAAUGGGAAGGAAAGCAGUUUGGGGCGGUGGUGAUGUUGUGCCCCACGAAGGUGGUGGUCAACUGAGUGACAACAACGACAUCAAGGAGAUAAGAACAACAGUUGAUGAAGGUGACCGAGCAGCAAUGCAUCAUCCACGACGGUCAAGUUGGGGAAGGAAAAGCGGGAGCUGGGAGAUGUCACCAGAAGUUCUUGCUUUGGCGUCUAGAGGAAUGGGAGAAACCAACACGAUGGGUGGUGGCGGUAGCGGCGGAGGUGGAGGCGGAGGCUCAAGUGCUUUAAAGCUGUGAUCAGCAUCAGUACCAUAUGGUGCGGGAAACCUAUGGUGCGGGAACCUAUCCUGCAUAAUGAUGAUGUCUGACAUUUGGAAACUUUAUCAUAACGAUCAAGUUGUUGAUGUUGUGCAUUAGGAAGCUGAUAGGUUGUGGGGCAAGUGUUCUGUAUCUUAUUUGUGUCAAAGUAGUUUCUUUCUCACUUGCAAAAUCCCAUCUCUUCCUCGCUGGGCGCCACUCACCUUUGUUGCAUGAAGUAGAAAAAAUUAUACGGGGAACUCCGCAGAUCUUAGUGUUUGCAAUUAUGUUAUGUGCUUUGAAGUAUGAAAUUACAGUAAAUUAAUUGUGCGCAAUGGAAAUCGUGCACUUGUAUGUGAUGGUGGAUAGGCGGUUCUGGUCCAAUUGUGAGUUAAACUAUCUUUUUUCUUCAAUUCUCCCGGUCUUUUAUGUGAUGUUGGAUACCAAUUCUUAUAAAUCACUGGUUGACAUGUGGUUUGUUACUACAAUAGUACAACCCUAUGUGAUCGAUCAUGUACCCUCUUUCUUAUGACUUAUAUAGACGAUGAAAUAUAGUACUACCUCCGUGACUCCGUCCAUUAAAACUUUGCCAAAGUUGACUGACACGGAGAAUAAUAAAGUAAAAAUUGUGUGGUUGAGAA